UUUAACCUGAAUCAGCCAAAAGACAUAUCAUCUGCGUGGUUAUGUUUUAGUAGGACAGCAGCAGCAGGCAGCCUAAACGGUGUGAGAUCUGAGCAGCCAGCGGCGCAUGGAUUCUCGGUGCCCAUGCAUGAAGAAAGAAAAUCUGAGGCAGCAUAAUCAGCGCCAACCAUGUCUGCGCAGUGGGCCGUCGAGGAAACAGAAAACAGGGAAAAAACAUAUUGCAUGUGUCGCCACACCCAUCAUACACAGCCAGACGGGGGAAAGCGCUUUUCUGUCGGCGACAUGAUACUAGUGGAAGGCUGCGGAUGAGUCACACACCUUCAUCAUCAGCAGCAUCCACCUCUUCUUCUUGUGUAUCACUGAGCCACUGAAGCUGCAUACAGCUAAUGCUGACAUGCUGAUGAUGCUGCUGCUGCUGGUGGAGAUGGCGGUGCACGUGGGGCCAGUUUAAGGAGCGGUAUUUACAGAUGUGCAUGCUGGCAGUGCGCAUGAUACUGCGGCUCCCGCUUACACUACGGCACGCUCCAACUCACCUUGAAUCGGAACGCUCCUCCGGGCUCGUCAUGCGGGGAAGGGGAGGGUAGUGUGCGGGGGCAGCCAAUACACGCCCCAAAACCUCAAUCUGCAGCCAAUCGUGUGGGGGAAGAGGCGGACCUGUGGCUUACAUUCUCACACUUGGUUUCACUAUGCGCUCGUAAGAGAGAGAGGAAAAAAAAAAAAAAAAAACGUCUCCGUGUCUACUACAAACGCGGCGGUGUAGGUGCUCUGUCUCUUCGGGAGAGGAUGCGGAUGGAAGGACGGGGGAGGGAAGAAGGGAUGAAGGCAACGCAGCGCCGCGGGGAGAGAGAAUAAGACAUGAAAUGAAAAAGAGUCCGAGAGUCCGAGAGGUGCAAGGUCGAAUAUGAGAGAUUGGUCGAACGGGGCACUUUGCGUGGUAAUAGCUGGUCGGCAAUAGUACUAUGAUUUGGUAUGUGGCCACUCUGAUAGCAAGUGUAUUCAGCACCAGAGGAACGGCCGCUCAAGGUGCCCACGGAGUAAGAGAGGAGCCCCGGUUUGUGACGGCACGCGCUGGAGAGAGCGUGAUCCUGGGGUGUGACGUGUCCCCUCCCCUGGAUGGCCAACAGCCCCCCUAUGUGGUGGAGUGGUUUAAGUUUGGAGUGCCUAUCCCCUUCUUCAUCAACUUCCGCUUCUACCCUCCUCAUGUGGAUCCAGAGUACACUGGCAGAGCCUCUCUCCAUGGGAAGGCCUCCUUGCAGAUUGACCCAGUGCGCUCGGAGGACCAGGGCUGGUACGAGUGCAGGGUCCUGAUGCUGGAGCAACAGUACGACACCUUCCACAAUGGCAGCUGGGUGCACCUCACGGUCAAUGCCCCACCUUCAUUCAUAGCGACGCCACCGCAGUAUGUGGAGGCGAAGGAAGGGGGAAGCACUCUGCUCAGCUGUUCUGCCCAGGGAAACCCAAAACCAAUAAUCAGCUGGCUGAGAGAAGGGGAGGAGCUUGCAACCAACUCAAAGUACUCGGUACACGAUGGCAGCCUGACCAUUCUCGGCAUCACCAGAGACGACAGAGGGGCGUACACAUGCAGAGCGUACAGUGACCAGGGAGAGGUUCUUCACACCACCCGCCUCUUGGUUCAAGGGCCUCCGUACAUCGUCUCGCCACCAGAAAACGUCACUGUAAACAUAUCACAGAAUGCUCUCUUCACCUGCCAAGCAGAGGCCUAUCCUGGCAACCUGACCUACACCUGGUUUUGGGAGGAGGACAACGUCUACUUCAAGAAUGACCUGAAGCUUCGAGUGCGCAUCCUCAUCGACGGCACGCUCAUCAUAUUCCGGGUCAAGCCGGAGGAUGCCGGGAAGUACACCUGCAGUCCGAGCAACAGCCUCGGUAUCUCGCCAUCAGCAUCAGCGUACCUGACUGUUCAGUACCCUGCUCGAGUGAUCAACAUGCCCCCGGUCAUCUAUGUCCCAAGGAAACUGCCAGGUCUCAUCCGCUGCCCUGUGGAUGCCAACCCACCUGUGACAUCAGUGAAGUGGGAGAAAGAUGGCUACCCACUCAGAGUAGAAAAGUACCCUGGUUGGAGCCUGAUGCCAGAUGGAAGUAUCCGGGUGGCGGAGGCCACAGAAGACUCCCUGGGCACCUACACCUGUGUGCCUUACAACGCCCUGGGUACCAUGGGCAUGUCCCCCCCUGCCACUUUGGUGCUAAAGGAUCCCCCUUACUUUAAUGUGAGGCCUGGGGGGGAGUACCGUCAGGAGGCUGGGAGAGAGCUAGUAAUCCCUUGUGCUGCUUCUGGAGACCCCGAUAUACCAACCAUCACCUGGAGAAAGGUGGGGAAGCCAAGCAGAAGUAAGCACAACAUCUUACCCAGUGGCAGCUUACAGUUUGUGUCUCUCAGCAAGGAGGACCAUGGAGAGUGGGAGUGUGUAGCCACCAAUGUGGUCACAAGCAUCACUGCCAGCACACGUAUUCUAGUUAUUGGCACCAGCCCACACGCUCCUGGCAGUAUCCACGUAUUGCCCUCUACGACCUCCGGUAAUGUGUCCUGGGAGCCAGGUUAUGAUGGCGGGUUUGAGCAGACAUUCUCUGUGUGGUACGGUCCAGUGUCUAAGAGAACAGACUUUGGUCCUCAUGACUGGCAUUCAAUGCCUGUUUCUGGUGCUCAGACCUGGUUGAUGGUGCCAGGGUUGGAGCCUGGGACGGAGUACCAGUUCAGUGUGUUGGCUCAAAACAAACUGGGCACGGGUCCAUUCAGUGAAGUUGUGAUGGUCACCACCACAGGGUCUCCUCUGGGUACCGCUGAACCUCUGGUGCUUCUUACUCCACCACGGUGCCUCACAGCCAAUCGCACGCUGCACGGUGUCCUCCUCACAUGGCUCCCCCCAGCCAACCACUCCUCCCCCAUCGACCGAUAUAUCAUGGAGUUCCGCCUCGGGGAGAGGUGGGAAGUUCUUGAUGAUUUGAUCCCAUCUACUGAGACCGAGCUGGUGGCAAGAGACCUCGUUCAGGAGUCCUGGUAUGAGUUUCGAGUGAUGGCGGUCAUGGAUGAUCUGAUCAGCGAGAGCAGCAAUGUAGUGGGAGUGUCUAGCACAGCAGACCCCUUCCCUGCUGCAGAGUUGCCUGAGGAGGGGCUAGCACGGCCUGUGGUGGCAGGUGUUGUGGCGACCAUCUGUUUUCUGGCAGCGGCGGUACUGUUCAGCACUCUAGCAGCCUGCUUUGUCAAUAAACAACAUCGUCGAAAACUCAAGCGUAAACCAGAUCCUCCCUUGUCGGUGACACACUUCAGGAAAAGCAUUGAGUCACCGCCUCCUCUCACCCCCUUGCCAGGGGUAGAGCCCUGCUGGGACGAGCCUGCCAGGAGCAGUUUCUUGCCCCCACCGGCCAGCCCCCUGUUAUCGUCGGGGAAGAUAAGUCCAGAGAGUUCUCCUCCAUCUCGGCCCCGCUCUCUAUCAUCAGAGGGUUCCCAUGGUCCAGGCCUCUAUGUCAGGAAGCUCCCCAGCCCUCAGAGAGAAAAGGACAAAGAGCUCUCCUUCUACAAGAAAACCAAGCGUGCCAUAGCUAGCAAGAAAUACAGUGUGUCCAAACAUGAGGCAGAGGUCACCACACCUAUAGAGCUGAUUAGCCGAGGCCCUGAUGGCCGCUUUGUCAUGGAGACCAGCCCGCCUCCCCGCCGAAUCCAGGGCUUCCCCUUUGCGGAGGAGUCCGACUUGUACCCUGAGUUCCGGCAGUCGGAUGAGGAGAAUGAUUUUGACCCCGGGCCCUUGCCACCCAUCAUGCCCACACUGCGGCCCCAGCUGUCCCCAACAUCCUCCAGCCUGGAGUCAACGCAGCCCCCCACCUACAGCCCCCGCCUGCACAGGCCCAUGGAAGGUAUGAGCUUUGCAGAGGGCAGUGCACCUUACGCCUCAGGGCAGGCCCCGGCCUCACGCUACAGGGGCUUUCCCCAGGGCGCGUUCUAUGGGUAUCUAGGCAGCCGUGUUGAAUCAGGGAUUCCACCACCAUUCUACAUGCCUGACAUCAGCCCGCGUAGCUCCGCUCUGUCCUCACCCCCAGGCACAGCUGAGGGGCCUUUCGGUUACCCCUCCAUCCCUGAGGAGAGUGAAGGAUUGGAACACCAUCAGUACACUGCCUCUGGUCAUUCUCUGUCGCACACUCACAGCCCUCCUCCCCGCUCACCUGAAAGCUGGCAGCCUCAUGAGUUACCCUUUCUGGGCCUAGAGGGCCCACGGUUCAUAUACCCUCCUCACCAUCCCUUACAUCACCCCCAGGACCUCCCUGACCCACCCCCAUACCCUCCUCAUACUCUUCCCCCUAGUCGCCUGCACUUUCCACCCCUAAAGGAUCCAACGAGCCCCAGACUCCUGCAGCUGGAGGUCCCUGUGGCUCCACCAGGCAGAGACAGGCCCCCAGGGCCUCCAGUUAGGCGUUUAGCUAUGCAACAGGCCCAGAGUCUCGGCCAGCUCAGACACACGGCCCACGGUGUGGGUGUACCAGUGUUGCCUUACCCUGACCCGGCAGCCCGUGCAGGGAGCCCAAGCACAGCCCCCAGUAGUAGCCCUCAGUCCUGGCUCAGCCCGAGGGCAGGGCGCCGGGCAGACCCUAGCCUACCCCCGCUAGUACUCCAACCCUCCCGACUUUCUCCACUCUCCCAGAGCCCACUUAGCACCCAGCCAGGUUCUCCAGAUAUUUUAGUGAGGCCCCCUCCGCGCCCGAGCAUCCUCCGCACCUCUCGGUCUCUGGAGAUGCCCGAAAUCACCUUGCAGCCCUCAGCCACUGUUAGUUUCUCUCGGAGGUCCUCCCUAACCGCCUCUCCCACUCAGAGCCAGGGUGCCAAGCAGCCCAGCCCCAGUUACCCCAUGUCCUAUGCCUCCACUGCAGCCAGUUACCCCUCCCAGUCCCCCUCUCCCCCUCCAGAGGGCAGGGAUGUUUUUGGGCAGAGGCCAUCCCAGAGACGGACAGAGGAGGAGAUGCUACCCUCAGAGCCCUCCCAGCUCCAGAUCUCAGCCUCAGGGGAACCUCUAGGUGCGUCUAGUGAUACUGCCGGAUCUGAGAGUUUAUCAGCACUGCUACAUCACUGUAUAACUAAAGCCAAGGGAGUGGCUGCCAACAACAACAAUAAUGCAACAUCUGUGAGAACAGGAAUGUCUCCCUCUCAGACCCAGCAGCAAUCUCAGACACCCCAAGAGGGAGGAGAUCUCAACCUUCGCAAAAAGAGAAAAAAGCAAAACAAGAACCCUUACCGCUACUUGACCUCCUUCCUGCAUCGCAAGCCGUCUGAAGAGGACCAGACAGGCAUCCUGGCCAGUGCAGACUCUGAGGGCCUAAAUUAUGGAACUCUGCACUGACCUGUGUCCCCACCAAGCCAUUGGACCCAACUAAACUGGCCCAUCAUGGAUGAAAAUUACAAAACACCUCAGCCCUCCCUGCUCAGCCACAACGAAAACAAAAUUUUCAUAUAAUCUGUACAAGUUGAUUUGUGUUUGAAGAGCAGCAAACUGAAUCCUCCAGGGGCUGGGAGUCUCAUUUGAAGACAAGAACAAUUUUUUCUGAGGAAUUUCACUUGAAAAUGCUCUGAAAAUAUAUAAUGUAUAUAAAUAGUAAAACAAGGGAAUUAAGCUUCCUCUUACAGUAAUAAGGUGUGUUGGUUGAGUAUGUCACAACACAUUAAAAAGAUUUUUCACUCAUGUAUCAUUGAAGGGUUCAUAUCUUUAGGUUUUUCAGUGAAACAGUGUACUGUUAAAGCCUGGUGCGUCCUUGUACAGGGACACGAGUCUACCUUUCCUACAAUACAAAUAGUUUCAGUCUUUAAACACAGGGUUCUUACCACAAAAUAUACCUCAGAGUAAACGCAGAGUUGCUGUAAUUCUUGUGGUAUACUGUACGUACUUGACCUUUUUACACUCUAAAGGUAAGGAUAAAAAGGUUUAUAACACUCACCACUCAUUCAAAUGGAUAAUAUGGCCUAGCUUAAUCUUAUUUGGAUUAUUUUCAUUAUAACAGCUGGCACAUUGCAUUUAAUUAGAGAAGAUUGUUAGCUCUGUUUCAUUACGCCCGUUGUUUGGGCACAGUAUUAUGACUAAAGAUCAUAGCCUUCAUGAGAUCUCUUAAAAAAUGUUGGAACUUUCAUGCUCAGCAGAGGUUGGACUUAAAGAGCAACAAAACAAAGUGUGAAGUGUCUGUAUGUAUCUCAUUCUUAAGAAAUCAUUUGUGAAAUUGGGCACAUAUUGAGGUGCCUUUGCUUUGCCUUUUGUUGGUUUUUAUUUUUCUCUGACAUAAACUGCCUUUUUUCCAUCGCCUUCUCACAUUUGUCACUCUGAGGGAGUAGGAACUACAAAAUGUUUUUUUUUUUUUUACUUUUUUCUGGACACAUGGGACACAUGGAAGAAGGAAUGCAUGAGUCUUAUUUAAUUUGUUUAAACAACAGUACCAGAAUACUUGUAAAAAAUGUGGGGGCAGGAUAUCCCAAGAAACCUGCACAGUGAAGAUGUAACCGUUUGACAGCAGCUGUUAGAGAGGAAUGUGAUUUCUUCAUAAAGCUAUAAAACAAGCAAUGGGGAAUAUCUAAACAAGUGGCCACCCUGACUGUUUAUCUCUUAAAACUGUAUAUUAAUUGCUAGCUAUUUCUCUAUAUGUUUGCAAAUUUUUUGACACUAACCGAUAAUGAAUGUAUGUUUUGCUGUACAGGAAAUGAAUGUCCCUACGUCGCAGUGCAUUGAAUGACCUGUCAAAAUGUGCACCUGUGAUUUUCUGAUGACGAGUUGGCAAAAUAGGUCAAAUUUUCUGUAUUUAAUGCCCACGCCCGUUCUGCUGGUGACUACUUUUGCUGAUGAUAUUAUCUUCUUUUCCCUUAUCUAUCUUUUCGAUUGUUUCACUAAGGCUAAUUCAGUUACUCAAAGACACAUCAAGCAGGUUUUUUUAUUUCACCAAAUCGCAAUGUUUGUGCGCUAAAUCCGAGGUUAUCCACAUGAAUGAUUCUCUAAAAUAUCUUUGGAAAAGUGAGAAAGUGGUGAUUGCUUGAAGGCGAGCGACAAACAAUAAUUGGUUUCGUGUAAGAUACAAGGAAAUAAUCUAUAUUUGUUAUGUACUUUACAUGGUGUGUAUUGUAUUUGUAAAGAGAAAUCAAACCAUGUUUUACAGGAAGGCUUUCUUGUAUGGGGAUGUAUGAAUAGAAAAAAAAUGGGAUGAAUAUCCCAAGUUAAAAGAAAUUAGAUUAUAUAUCAAAGUAUUUGCUUACAAUAUGGCUUUAAGUGGAUGUUUUUAAAACAUUUUACGGUGCCUAAUUUGUCAUACUUUAGCAGACAUUAUUUUAUCUGAGAAGAAAAGUACACUUAAUGUUAGUACCGUACAGUGUAUUAUUGCCAUAGCCCGCUGGCUGCACAAGGUGAGUAGUAUUUUCUCAGAUGUAUUAGUAUGUGGAUGCCCAUUGGGGAAAUGCUUUAGAAGCAGAAAUGUGUUGCCCUCUCUUAUAUUUCUGAAACAAAGUAAUAAUGUAUUUUGCCAGUUCACGAGCAGACAUGUAGAUUCACUUCGGUUUUCUUCGCCUUCACGUGUCCAAAGCAAAUACACCUAAAGGAAACGUUUAGUUUUUUUUACCUUGUUUGGUUUCCUAAAAGCAAUGGACAUGCUGUAGACAUGUACAAAACGUGCUGUGGAGGAAAUUGUGUUUACAUUAGUUUGAUGAAAUAAAGUGUGUUAGGGCAUAGUUGCUUUGAACAUUAAGACUUGGUGCUAUGUUUAACUUUGUGGUGCUGUAGAAUAGAGGUCUCAAGAUUUAUUUCUGUUUCCAGAAGGAACGUUUUCUCCACCCCCUCGGUGUGUGUGUUUGAGCAGCUAAACUAGCUCUGGUAGACCUUGUCCUAAUCAUAACAGUGUGACUACAGUGAUAGACAAUACUGGAAAAAGUAGACAUAUAACCUCAAUUAAUAGAGACUUGUUACAUUCAAUGAACUCAAAAUGACCUGUUUUCUAUAGUGUGUUUUUGCUAUGUCUGUCUGUGCUUCCAAGGUACCCUCUUUAAAAUAUAUUUGUGACGAUUGAAAUUAUUAACCCAGCCUAAACGGGAAUAACGUAGCCUGACUUAGAUUAGUACUUGUCACAGGACACGUGAAAGAGAAUCUGAGAGCGGCUUCAGGUCAGGUCAGGUGGAGGGAUCUUUUCUACACACUUCCUGUACAGUGCUGGAAAGAAGUAUUCACCUUCUUUAAGAUUUCUUCUAUUUUGCUUUUUUUUUGUAUGUUUUAGACCAUUAAGCAAAUUUUAAUAUCAGACGGCAUCAAAAUGCUGCUUUUAAAUGUGGGACAAAAGCCAUCCAUAUAACCUGGUCUAUGUGAAAAAGAUUAUUUUUCAGACAGCUGAGCUCAAUUUUACUAGCCAUACCUAGGCCUGAUCACUGCCAUGCCUGCUGAAUCAAGAAAUUCCCUAAGCAGGAUUUUUAUGUCAACACAAAGUUUGUUAAAAGAUCUCAAAAUGCAAGAAAACAUGAAGUGAUCUAAAGAAAUUCAAGAACAGAUGAGAAGCAAAGUAAAUCCACCAGUGACGUAAAACUAACACAGCAUUUCAGAAAAAGAAUAUUAUACCGAGAGUCAAACAUGGUAGUGCGAUGGUCUGGGGCUACUUUGGUGCUUCAGAACCUGGGUGACUUGCUACACUUGAUGAAACCAUGAAUUCUGCUAUCUAGCAGAGAAUCCUGAAGUUUGCAACCUUACUCAAAAAAAAAAAAAAAAAAACUAAUUGAAAGCUGUGGAGUCAUCUAGUUCGGACUUUGAUCUGCUUGAAAUGUUGGGGGAUGGCCUUAAUCCAGACCAUUCAUGCUUGAAAAUCAUCAAAUUUGGCAAAAUGUAAUCAAUUUUGCAAAGAAGAAUGAGUCAAAAUUCCUUCACAGUGGUGUAAAAGUCUCAUUGCCAGUUAUCGCAAAUGCUCAAGGAUGGCAAAACCAGUACAUAGGUUUAGGGACAAUUACUUUUUCAUAUAGAGCCUGGUCAAUUUGGAUAGCUUUUUUCUUAUUAAAUGAAAUCAUCAUUUCAAAUAGCAUUUUGUAAAUAUGACAAAAAAGCAAAAAUAAGAAAUCUAAGGAGCAAAAUCUAUUCCACAGCAAUGUAGGUUUUUGGUCAACAGCACUUAUUUUUUCAAGCACACUACUACAAGGGCCGCAGAGUCUCACAUCAUCGCACCAUGAACUUUUUUAAAUGAAAAACUCCUAUUAGUACUGUACAGUUUAGCCUUGACUCGUCCACAUUUGCGUUUAUUCUCAUGUCAGAAAAGCUCAUACAUGCCCACUGCUGUUUUUUUUACAAACAGGCAGUGUCUUCCGGGCUCGUAAUUUGUUUCUUCGCAAAAUUCAAAGGGAACAUGUGCAGCGUAUAAGAGGGCUGCUUUGGACGUACUGUUAGUUACGUUUUCAGUUCUGUUUAUCUGUUUUGUUGUGGGAUUUUUUUUAGCUCACAGCUUUUAGUGCAUCACUAGCUGCUGACAGGAUGAUACGUAACAGAUUUGUUUUUAUCGUAUUAAUCUUGCAUGUAGAGACAAUUACAAAAACACCUAUUUAGCAAUCAUUCAUGGUCAUCUGAGCUAGUGUGUUAUUGGACAGAAGCUAGAAGUAUGUAGUGUUUUCUAUAUUCUCUUUGUCAUUUUUUUGUUUGUUCUCCAUGUGUACCAGCACUGAGAAGCUAGAAUGUAUAAUUAUCGUAUGCUACAAUAAGCACUACAUUAUUGACUGUUUUAGCUCAUACUCAAGCAAACCCAGUAGUGCUUAAUAAAUAAGAAAUUCCCAUGCUUCGUUUUACUUUCAUGCACUGAACUCUGCUGUACAUCACAUGUUUACAUUGUGUAUUUUACAUGUUUUUGUUUUGAUCAUGAUGUCCAUAUGUAAAAAUUCAGAGCUAAACAUUUUCCACUUUUCUCUUUUUUAAAACGAUAACCCUGAUUGUUUUGUUUUGGUUUUUUUUUAGAAAUGCCAUUCUCUUCUGUCACUGCAUCAGGUAUUUUGAUGCUUUACUUAACUUUUUUGUGAGCAAUUAACUCAUACUGUAUGGUGCUGUACCAAAGCCUUAUGUAUAAUAUCUGUAGUACUUUUUCUUUCGUUUGCCACUGCUAUCCACUGAGAUCAUGUCUUGCUCAUGUUCAACUGCCAUUAAUUUUCGUCCUUUUUCAAUCUCUUUUAUCUUCGAGUAAGCAGAAACCUGAACAAACUAAAAUGUUAAAAAAGAAACACUGGCUUGUUACCAAACAGGCCUGGAUGUACAGAAGCAGUCGCCAUCACACGCCUUUAUGGGGGAAAAUGCACAAGCUCACUCUUGAUGGCUCAUCAUGACGUAGACAUGGGCCUAGCACAUGAUCUAUGCUCUAUCUAUGGCAUGUCUAUGAGAAUAUGAACGUAGUGUUGUAUCCAUGUCGCCAUAUCAUUUCAAAUGCUUAGUCCUAUACAAGAUUUUCCUCUCAAAUUUUUGUAUUUUGAUAUAAUAAAAAAAUCAAAAGAG